AUGCACACAUUCCUCGUAGGAUUGAUACUGCUUCCUUCGGUGCUCUCAAGAGUAAAAGGUCGAGAGGAAAGAUUUCUCUAUUCGGAGGUCUUCGAUGAAACAGUGAAGACGAAUCCGCGAUCUUUCGACUACGAUUUCGUAGACGAUCUGAGACAUGAGGCUAACAGACAUGACGCUUAUGAUGAACAUGUUGGCUCGUUGCCAGAUUUCACACUUUUUAAACGUGGUGAAAAUCGUGGGGCCACAGAGGUGCCCGUUGUCACGAGAGGUGUCCACACUUGGUCCACACCUGCGCCAAAUCUGGACUCAUUCCCGUACCUGACAAAGAGUACGCCGUUUGGAAGCAGAUCUACAGUCAAACCUUCCGCAGAACUCGAGCAAGCGUUCAUUUUGAAUAGGCAACCAGUUAUGUUGCACGCUGAUGAGGUCAAGAGGGUGAGAGAGCUUCUUGUUGGCGGAUCUGCAACAACAGAACAGCCGAAAGCAGAACUGAACACCCAAACUACCACUGCACCCACGACCACCACCAAACAGCCAGAAGUGAAGAUUACAGAAGAGAAGAAGCCCAAAGAUCUCCCAACUUUGGCAUUGGUAUUAUCGGAGCCAACGAUCAAAGCUCCCGUAACAAAGGACACAUUGCCCGAACAUGCCAAGCAAGCACCAAACACGGAAGCUGAAAAAGAGAAGAAGCUCAAAGAAGUCUCACCUAAAACAUCGACCCCGACAGCUACGACAGAAGCUGGAACUAGCGCAAGUACUACUACGGCCCCAGAAAUGGUAUCUUCUGCCGCCGGAAGUUCAAGUACAACUACUGCCCCAGCAACGGUAUCUCCUGCCGCUGAAACUUUGGAAAGUUCCACAGAAUCAAAGGAGGAAACAGUGACGACUUCGAAGGCGUCGAAUGCAACGACGGAGGGAGCAACUACGUCAGCUACUACUUCUGAAGAGGUCACGUCCACAAGUGAAGAUGUCACAACCACAACAGAGACUACAACUUUGACAACUACGGUAUCUACACGAGCACCGAAGCGGCUGGGACGACCAAUCUGGCAACCACAUCGACCAGCCCAGCCGCUACCAGCUUUCAAGUUCGCAACGGUCAUGGGAGUAAGACGAGAGAGGGUUCGCACAACUCCCCUACCACGAGCAGGAGGAAUAUGGCGUCGCGGAGGAGUAAUUAUUAUUGAAGAUAGCACAACGACGUCAGAGCCGUCUACUACUACUGCUACUACUAAUAAACCUACUAUAGCGUAUCUCAAAGAGCGUCAACCAACUAUUCAUCGCAUCGAUGAAAAGAGGUGUUCCGACUUCCGUAUUCCGAUUCUUACGUGA